GGCUGCAUAAGUAUCGUCUGUUGAAUGAACGUGUUUUCAUCCCCCGUGAGACGAGUCACAUUUGUUUGUGUUUGAUGCAUUACUUUGGUUGGUCCUCUGCGUCAGUUAACCGUAUAGAGACAUCCUGGCUCUGUGCCAAUGUGAACCUACAGUCUCACGACGACGGACGAUGGCUAGCUUUAUAGCGCACACUGCAACAAGCCAGCAUCAAGCACUCGAGAGUCUGCAGCAAUGAGGGAUGUGUUUGUACAACUCGCAGGGCCAUGUGGUGAUUCAGCAUGAGAUGUUUGCUGGUACAUGGACAUCCAGGGAGCUGCAGUUUAGUGGAAACAGAGCCCCUGGUGAUAAAAAUAGGGUUCUGCCUUAACAUUAAAUUUUCUGCGUGGAUUGACACUUGUUAGUGGAGCGUGGAGAGAGUGAUCGGUGUUAUUACAUUGUUUGUGGUGUUUCGGAGAUGAUGAUUUGGGCAGGUGUGAUGCUCAGAGCUAGUGUUGAUCUGCAUCACUUCAACUAGCUAAGGUUAUUAUUCUGAUCACUUCAUCCAUAUACCUGGUUGUUUUGUGGAAGCUGCACCUAAAUGCCAGGGAGGGAAGUAUAUUCUUGUAUGCAUAGAGAGAAAGAAACAAUGAAUCAAGAAUCAAGUAGCCCAAGACGGAAGAAGUUGGGAUCAACUUCGGAGCCAUUGGAUGAUGAAAAAGGGUCCAUUAAAGCUGUGCCGCUUGAUAGACUUGCCGAGUUAAUAGUGGAAUGCUUUGAUGAGAAUGGCAUUCUGGAAGAUUCAGCGCCCUUCCCAAAAGUGGUUUUCCGGAUGCACAAGUGGUUCACCUCGUCCAAAGAACUCUCCGGGCAGUUUCUGGACUUAUACAAACAGUGCAAUAACUCAAUAUGUACCACAUCGUCCUGCUCACACAGACCGGAUUCAGCCAAUUGUCAAGUCAAUCAAUACAAGAGAAGAAUAUGCCAUGGGCUCAGGUACUGGAUUGUACACUGUCCUGUGCACUUUGACCUCGACCAGGGUCUCUCGGAGGUCAUGGGUCAACUUCAAAGCAUCAUGCAUGCAGAAGGCAACAGCCAACUCAAACAUGUGAUAGACAUCUCUAAUGUACCAAGUUACGACUGGAUGCGGGUCAUUUCAGUACGGAAUCCUUCCAUGAGGACCAAUCGCAAAGUCUCGCUGGUCUUCAAUCACCUUGAACCUGGUGAACUGGCCAAUCAUCUUACAUUCCUUGAAUACAAAAUCUUCAGAAGACUAAAUUUUGCAGACUUGAAAAGUUACGCCCUCUCUGGUCAGCUGAAGGACAAUCUCAAGUUGGAACGUUCCAUUGGUCUAUUUAAUGGACUAUCACUAUGGAUACAAUGUAUGAUUCUCAGUAGACAUACACCCAAGCAGAGGGCAGAGGUCAUCACCAAGUUUGUUGAAGUCUCAAAGAGAUUAAAACGGCUGAAUAACUUUAACACCUUGAUGGCUGUAGUUGGAGGAUUGAGUCACAGCUCACUGGCGAGACUCAGACAAACUCUCGCCUAUGUCUCAUCGGACACUCAAAAGACGAUAUCAGAGAUGACCGAGUUGCUCUCCUCUGCAUGUAAUUUCAGCAACUACCGCAAGGCGCUGCAGGAAGCACGAGGUUUCAAGAUCCCAAUCCUAGGUGUGCACUUGAAGGAUUUGAUCCUGCUCCACACAGCACUUCCUGAUCGUACGGACGACGGUCAACUCAACCUACGUAAGAUGGGUCAGCUCUCGGUCAUCUUUGCUGAGCUGAUGCAACUACAGAACACCAAACCUCCUCUUGAGACCAAUGUGGACCUGGUCAAUAUGCUUAGGGCAUCACUUGAUCUCCAGUAUACUGAAGAUGAAAUAUAUGAGCUAUCUUUGGCAAGAGAACCCAGGAAUUCAACGAGCGCACAGCCGUCUACUCCCACCAAACCAGCAGUGUACGCAGACUGGGCAUCUGGUGUAUGCGUUCAUCCCGACCAAGAGACCAUCACUAAACAUGUAGCCGCCAUGGUGGAGACAGUGUUCAAGAUAUACGAUACAGACAGAGAUGGUUACAUUACAUGUGCUGACUUUCAGGGCAUUGCCACCAACUUUCCUUUCAUGGAGUCUUUUUGUGUACUUAAUGCAGACAGGGAAGGUCUGAUCAGUCGGAGCGAGAUGUGCUCUUACUUCAUGCGGGCCCACAGCCUGGCUCUUAGCUACAGCUACAAACACAACUUCAGCGUGCACACCUACCUGACGCCAACCUUCUGCCAGCACUGUACAGGGCUCUUGUGGGGACUCAUCAAGCAGGGAGUCAAGUGUAAGGUGUGUGGCAUCAAUGCCCACAAGCACUGCAAAGAUCGACUGGUCAUCGAGUGCAGGAGUAAGAAAGCAAACGGAACGAACGGGAUUACGUCGACGAUGCAGCGGAGGCAUACGUUAGACGGGCCGGUCAAUAUGGCAAAGGCAAACGGAAACGCCAACGGGGUCGUCGUCAGCAGGAGGAAAAACAGUCACGAUAUCAAGGGAUACAGCCAAAGUACUAGUCAGCUAAACAGAGUCUCAAUCUCCAAGGAAAUAGUGUGGGAGGACCAGCAGCGUUUUACUCAGUGCCAGAAGCAGAUGAGACAAGUCCAGCAAGCGACACAGACGGACACCGCCCUCAACCCAGAGACAUCGUCCCAAGACUCGGACAAAGAGGGUGAAGAACACGGAGGAAUCAUCUGCAGCAGCGGCCGGAGGUUGAGUGAACUAAGCGAAGACGACAGCAAUAGUAGUUUCGGUGACCAGAAUAGCGUGACAGGAAGCGAUUCCAGUGUGUUCAAGAGCAGUACUGCAUCCAAGAGUGACGAACUCAAGGACAAGCUCAUUAGUGCAGAAAGAGAACGAGAACUCCUGGAGAUGGAGAAUGUUCGCUUGAAACACGAAGUGACGAGCAUUCAGGAGAAGAAUAAGAUGCUUGAGAGUCACCUAGAGCUAAUCAGACGACAUACUGUUUCCUUCAUUCUGGAUCAGAUGGAUACCUUACAUCUACAAAAAGAUACACAAGUCUGAUGAAUAGCUCUGCAAGCUUUUGAUGCCACUCACAUUUUUAUAAAUACUAGUGGAGCUUUUCUGUGAUGUCGGCAGGAGUUGAACAAGACUUAUUAUUACCCAGUGCAACAGUGGCAAAAGAUACCCAAGUCUGAUGAAAAACUCUGCAAGCUUCUGAUGUUGCUCACACUUCUUACAAAUAUGAGCAAAAGUUUUUCUGUGCUUUCUGCAGGAGUUGAGUAAGACUUAUUAGUGGUGCACAAAGGGAGAAAACCCCCAGCAACUCAGACUUCUUACAAACUUGAGCAAAGCUUCAGUGUUAUGUCUGCAGGAGAUGAACAAGACUUAUAUUAUAACCCAGUGCAUCAGUGGUGCGCAAGGGGACACAAAUCCAGCAACUCACACUUCUUACAAACUUGAGCAAAGCUUCAGUUCUGUCCGCAGGAGUUGAGCACUAGACUUAUAUUAUAACCCAGUGCAUCAGUGGUGCGCAAAGGGACACAAACCCAGCUUACAAAUACGAGCAAAGCUUCUGUGCUUUCUGCAGGAGUUAAAUAAGACUUAUAUAACCCAGUGCAUCAGUGGUGCUUAAAUAGACAAAAAGUAUUAUGACUAUGGUCAUGCCAAACUGUUGAUACAUGACGCAGAUAUUUUUUUGAAAGUCACAGAUAGUCAGCUGUGGUAUUGUAUUAGACUAACCAUCGAAGGUACACAUGUAAUGUGAACGACCCCCAUCUAGUGAUCACUUCAAAAUGGUGCCGUUGGAUUAACCUGUAAUGUAUGAUGCAUAAAGGUCAUGGGGGGAUGAAAAACUGGAUGUUUCAUCUAUCUUUGGCUGUGGAUGAUUUUGAGGUCUGGAGUGUGUGGGACUGCGAACGUGGACAUUGUCAUGUUGAAAGGAGAACCUGAAAAGUAAUUUUCGUUGAUUGCUUACACGAGAGAAACCUCAUAGUGUCUACUUCCCAAAUUACAAAAAGCUAACUUUAAAUAUGUUCUUUUGAACAACAUUUACAGUUGUUUCUGGAGACAAACUAGCAUUACCCAGGCUCCAAUGCAUGGCACUCCUUACAGCGAAAUUCUGCGUUUAAAGAGUUCUGUAGUAAGGAGUGCUAUAAAAUUGGAAAAAGAUCAGAAACUGAGGGAAACAAUUUAUGCUACCGGCUUACGAGAUAGAGGAAUACGCCUUUUAACACAUGCACGCAAAUCGCAUGAAACCUGCUUCACAACAUUGUAAUAGCAAUGUUUAUAACACACUGUCUGCACGAAUACAACAUCAAGGCAUUCCUGUGUACAGCUUACCAACCCCUCCCCUGACAACAUUGCAUCAUCGUCAUCAUCAUAUCGAGCGAACUCGGGCAUCUUUGACAACGGCUCUCCACUGGUCUCUUCGCUUGAAAGUCACGGCAGUUAAUGCUAGAGUCCCGGUGCAGGGUGUCUACAAAUGUUGUUGCAGGAGGCCCUCUAUGAUCUUUUGCCAUGUUAAGGCCCCCAGAGCAAAGUUAAUUGAGUCAUCGUUGCAGUCUCAACAUUGUAAAGGAUUCAUCAUCAUGGUUGGAAGGAGGACGAUAAAGUCUACUGUAGCCGUAUCUUAAGAAGACUGGUCCUCGUGCUUAUCCCAUAAGCAUAAGAACAAGUACAGGUACUUGUUUAUGUAUAAACAUGUGUGUCGGAUUUAACUGCGAAUCUCCAGAACCAUGCUGAAAGCCAUGUGAAAUGAUGCAGGGUCAAGUGAUUAUGGAAGUGGGCCCAACAUGCAGAAGCUUUCUGGCAUAAUUUACGAGCCUUGUAGUGUGAAGUCAGAUGAUCAGGCUAAAUCUUAGGUGGCCACACAGCCUCUCCUUUGCUCAACAGUAGAGGGCUCUUUGCUGAUCAGUAGUGUCAAAUUUAAUCAUGCGCAAGUGCUAACUGUGGAAUGUGGUGCAUGCUGAUCUAGCUAGGGAUCAAACUUAAUCACUAGCUAGACCAGCAUGCACCUCAUUACACUACUAAGGUGCGCAUACAAGUAUUUGUGCUACAUGUAUAAGGUCUUUGGGGAGUUGGGAGGUCGUAGCCAUGUAAUGGCUGUACUUUGAUAACAAGUCAUAUGAUUUUUCUUCCUCUUGCGUAUAAUUUUACAAUUAAAUGAGCCUGCUCCUUUUUCUCUGAUAAUUUUUUUAGUUUUAAUUUUUUAUUUUAACAUAAAAUUCUAUUUGCCAAUUUGUCCAUAUGCAAACGGUCACAUAACAGAAGCAGCUUAUUGUUAUUGUGCUGGCACACUACAAUAAUUUUUUGUUGUGAUCAAAUUUAUGAAAUGUAAAGGGACAUUUUUUUUCCCCAGUGUAAUUAUAUACUGUACUGUGUGUUUGUGGCGUGUCUACACCCCAACUCAUUUUUGUAUCUAGGAUUCUGUAUAUAAAUCUGUAUUAUACCAAUUGUUUAACAGCUGGUCUGUGCUCAAAUAAUAUAAGAUUUAAAAGUAAAACGCUUCAUGAAUUGUGUUGGUUUAAUAAAUAAAACACUGUACACGUUUGAGGUGAACAUUCCGUCUCAAGCAAAACAUUUUGAAGAGCUAUUUACAACAUGAUUAAUUUUUAAAUGUCCAGAUACCUUGUAGUGAAAUUAAAUGAAAUAUUAACCUUUACUAAAUUAUUCUUCAGGCAUUCGUAACUAAAAAUAAAAUGAUCUGCUUCGAAACCAGUUUACGCAUUUAUCUAAUUUGGGGGUAAUCGAGUAAAAUUGACAAGAAUGGAGUUCUUACAUUUUCUUAACAUCUUCAUAAAAAUGGAGAUAAUGAAUCAAAAAUUUAUUUGGUCAUUCAAGCUUGAUUUCUGACCAAGGAUCACCAAGCUGCAGGAUAUUCAAUUCGUCUGGCACUUAUAUUUAUACUUUUAGUUUGGAGUUUUUCAAAGUAAAACUUGGUUGGGAUAGAGUUAGGCAAUUUUUUUUACAUGGACGCACACAAAAAAAGCGGUGCAAUUAUGAUAUUUUGUGCAGUACAUUUUGAAGUGUCUAUGUCAGAAUUGUGAGACCAUCUUUAAUUCCCGGUUAAGUAAAAGACACUUUAUCAGAAAACCAGAAAGUUUCGGGGAGCAUUUGCAGGAGCACAAAACAAAUGUAACCAGUGUAGGCUUAUGGCCUCUUGGCCAAAGUGCAACUCCAGGCCUCCGCGUGAUACAGUAGGGAAAACAAUUAGGAAAGAUUUUGAAAAUAUACUUAAUUUGUAAGAGUGAGCAAGAGUGGGAGAGAAGGAGAGAGACUGGAUAUUUCAAAAACUUUCCAAGCAAACUUGUAAUUCCAUGCCUCUUUGUGAAACGAGAGGGAAACAAAUCUUGGAAAUAUAUAGAAAAGAUACUAAUUAUGUAAGAGUGAGAGAGCGUGGGAGAGAGGGGGGGGGGGAGACAGGAUAUUUUAAAAACUUUCCAAACAAACUAAUUCCAGGCCUCUAUGCGAUACAGGAACAAAACAAAUCUUGGAAAGGAUUAGAUAAGAAACUAAAUUUGUACGAGUGAGUUAUAGUGGGAGAGAAGGGUGAGACAUGACAUUUUAAAAACUUUCCAAGCAAACUUGUAAUCCCAGUCCUCUAUGUAAUACAAGAGGGAAGCAAAUCAAGGAAAUGAAUUUAAAAGAUAAUACUAUGGUGGAAAAAGUAAGCAAGAGAGUGAAACAGAGAGAGACUUUAAAAACUUUGCAAGCACACUUGUAAAUCCCAAGGCCUACCCGUGAUACAGGAGAGAACAGAGUCAAGGAAAUAAAUUAAAAAGAUACUAAAUUUGUAAGAGUGAGUGCGAUUUGGAGAGAAGGGGCGAGCCAUGGUAUUUAAAAAACUUUCAAAGCAAGCUUGUAAUUCCAGGCCUGUAUGUGAUACAAGAGGGAAACAAAUUAUGGAAAUAUAAUAGAAAAGGUACUAAUUAUGUAAGAGUGAGAGAGCGUUGGAGAGAAGGGGGGAGACAUGACAUUUUAAAAACUUUCCAAGCAAGCUUGUAAUUCCAUGCCUCUAUCAUGUGAUACAGGAACAAAACAAAUCUUGGAAAGGAUUAGAUAAGAAACUAAAUUGUUAGAGUGAUUGAGAGUGGGAGAGAAGGAUAGACACAGAAUAUUUUAAAAACUUUCCAAGCAAACUUGAAAAUCCCAGGUCUUUAUGUGAUGCAGGAGGAAAACAGAACAAGGAGGACAACAAUUAGAAAAGAUACUAAAUUUGUAAGAGUUAGAGAGGGGGUGUAAAAGAGAGAAAGGGAGAGAAGAUAUUUUAAAAACUUUCCUAGCAAACUUGUCUGCUAAGCUAUCUGUUUCACAAUUGCUGCACCAAUCACAAAUCAUGCUCUUUAAGAUUAAAUUUGUUUGAAAGCAGCAAUUUUAGAUAAAGAUGCUAACAAAUUAUGAAUCUACCUUAAGUAAACACUGCUGCUAAGCUACUAGCGUCUCACAAAUGCUGCAUAAAUUAUAGUUCAUGCCAUUUUAGUUCACAACAACGCACCAAUUGCAGUUAAAGCUAUGUUACAAAGACAGAAUUAUCCAUAAAAGCUUAUUCGACAAUUACUAAGAGACUCUGUGUGAACACUGAAAGUAUGUACUAUUCAAAAUUUUUGGUUGACAAAAAUUGUCCAGGGUAUUUUAAGGAGUAAGUUUUAUUUUGUGUGAAAAGAAAAGUCUUUUUUUAUUGGGUCGUUCCAAGCUGGUCCCAAUUUCAUAGAGCUGCUUGAAAGCACAAAAGCAGCUAAGCACAAAACAAUGCUAACCAGAUUAAGGUCAACAGCUAAAACACCAUGUCAAAUGUACCAUUCCUGACUGGUAUCCUGCUCAUUUUUACUUAGCAGGAAAUUGUUUAGAAAUAUUUUUUGCUUAAGCAGCUCUAUGAAAUUGGGUCCAUCAGGUAUUGUUCUCAUCUAACCCUUGUGACUUAUUUAUAAUUUCUUUUUAAUGAAUUCUAUUGAUACUUUUGACGAUAACCUUGAGCAGUAGCCCUUCCUGUACAAGCACUGGUCUUCCACUAAAUGCAACGAAAGAAGAAGAAAACAAAGCCAUAACAAAAAUGGUGCAUAGUAGCCUCAACUCUUACUAACGGCAGGUUCAUACUUCAUGCAAAUGUAAACAAACAAAUAAAUCCUAAAACAUCUUAUUAACUCAAGAUUUAAAAAAUAAAAAGACUGGGCUGGCCAAUCUUGUCUGUAUGAUAAGGUGGAACAACUCUUUCCUCCUCUUCUUUUCUGUUAAUUUCCUGCUUUUUUCCUUCUGCGUUACAAACAACAGUUUCAAAGAAGCAUUAUCACAAUCUGUUUUUUUUUUUCCAGUCACCCUGCAGUCGCUAGUAGGCCUACGCUUCAGUCUGAUAAUGUAGACAAUUAUGAAUCACUUUAUACGUUGUAAUAAUUGCAUCAGGUUUUUGGUAAACACAUUUUAAAAAGUCAAAUGGUUGCUUUGCAUUUGUGUUAAGUAUGACCUAGCCAUAAGAGUUGCUCUAUUUUUCUGUAUUUUUCUGUAUCCAACAAAUGGAUAUUUUUAUAAUAAAAUGUCGCUUAACUUAUCUGUCUAACUAAAACUGGUUGUAAAAAGGAUGGGUUGAGAUUUUGGACCAAAUCGGUGCUUAUAUGGAGUGUUUUGGUUAUUAGUUUACUAGAGUUAGCAACAAACCACCAGUUCUUUCAAGCCUUAACCAGUUCAAACUGGUUCUAACCAACUGGUACAAGUCACAUUCUAAAGACCAGUAAUACUUUAUGCACAAUAUUGUUGAGCAUAGAUAGAAUGCUAAAUUGUGGUUUAUAUAUGAAAUUGAUUAAAAACAAACAUUUCAGUGAUGUAAAUAUUAAAAUAAAUAUAUAUAUUUGAGUUUCUAUCAAA